UAUUGGAUAAUGCUCAAUGUUUGAUCGUUAGCUUAUACUUUGAAAUUAAUUUACGUUUCUCAUACAAGACAAGCGUUUUACAUCAUCAUAUAUAUCAUCUGUGUCAAAUUUAGUGUAUUACUUUGAAAUAAGUUGUGCAGCGUAGGUGCUUACUUGACCUUGUUGAAAAAAUGAGCAACGCGGAAUAACGAAUUAUGAUUUUUCUUCCAAAAUUAAAUCUAUUUAUUAAAAAAUAUUACCAUUUUAAUUUUUUUGAUUCAUUUUACAUUAAAAGUGAACUAAGAGACUUUUACUCUAAAAUCAAAUCAAAUUUUAGAUAAUUUUAAAUCAAAUCAAAUUGAAUUUAUGAGUUUGAUUUAGAUUUUUGAAUUGAUUUAAGUUUUACCCAACUUUGGAGCAAGGGAUGCAUUUCCCAUAAUGAUUAAUGUUUUUUGAAUUACAUGCAUUAUGUCAUUAAUUGACCUAAAAAUGUCAUAUAUAUUGACACUGUCAGAUAUUACAAGCAAACCGUGUCAUAGCUUGAGAAUGUAUAUGGUUGACUCGGUCUUAAUCUGUUACCAAUUCUAUUACUUGUCUCUUACGUUAUAUAUAUAUUGUUUAAAGCAUAUGCAAAAUUCAUCCCUGAUCUUGCUUAUUCCUUGCCAAUUACACAAGUCAUCACAGUUUUAUUAAUAAGAAAAAGAAUCAUUUGUUUUCCGACAACAUCGAUCGGUGGGUAGUUGCUGCCGGAGGAUGAUGGGUAUGGUGGGAUUGUUUAUAAUUGUUAGAGUGGGACUAUUGCAUGGUAUAGAUGGUGCUAGUAAAUACACAGUCGGAGAUAGUGUCGGAUGGACUGUCCCUCCUAAUAAUUCUGUUGGAUUUUAUGAGGAUUGGUCUUCCAACAUCACAUUUCAGAUUGGCGACACCCUUGUGUUCAACUGGACUGGGACACAUACAACAACAGAAGUAGCAAAUGCAGAGUAUUACAAAAACUGCACAAAGACAGGAAUAGUGAUUCAAACAAGCGGAGUCAAUGUCCCUCUUUCUACAAAUGGCACUCGCUACUUUGUAUGUUCUGUAGGCACACAUUGUCAACAAGGUAUGAAGGUGGCUAUCAGAAUCGGAGAUGGCGUAGCACCGCCGCCGUUUCCACCCUCGGCAGCUCCCUCCCUCACCACCAUUGGUUCCUUCACGGCUGGCCUCUCUUCUUUGCUAUUUUUAAGUCAUAUAAUAUUUGUAUUAUAAUUGUAAUCUAACAUAAUUGAUUCUAAGAUUUUUAUUUUUAUUUGAUAGAAUCAACAUGGAGAUCUGAUUUGGCAUAACGCAUUUUUGGAUCUUUUUAUUUAUACUAUUUUUGACAUUAAA